CCGGAUGCUGGCCCCAUUCGACGACGUGGCCCAUCAUCCUAUCCAGAAGCCCCAGGCUCGAGCUCGAUUCUAAAAUCUUCUCUUUUCCCCAUCAUUCUCUUCUCAAUUUGUAAUUUGGAGCAUUUGAGGUUUGGUCUCUCUUUCAUAUCGUUCUAUUUAGGUUUCAUCAAUUGAGUAUUCAUUUUGUUCUCAUCGGAUUAGCAAAACUUUGCCCUGUUUACUGUAAAAAUCUUUUAAAGUUUCAUGUAAUUUUGUUUUCGUGAAUGAAUUAUUCGUACAUAACAAAUAAUAUUGUUAUUCAAGAAUUAAUAGCAGAUUAGGGUUCAGUCGUUCAAUCACAAGAAUGCAUGUCCUUUUCUUGUCAGCUAAAGAGAUCAAUUAGAUCCUUGUACGUAAUUUUUUCUUCUUGCAAAUGAUGAUCACUUCAGGGUAGAAAUUUUCUGUAAUUUGAUAUAUUGUUAUUUCACCCAAUGUGGGAGGAUUUACUUCCUUCAUGGAACAUAAAAAAGUAUGUACCCUUAAAAGGGAAGUGGUGCAUAUGGGCCACAGCCAUAUUCUGGACAGCAGACAUUUGGUUAAAUUGUAAGCAUAUACAUCUUCUAUGAUUUUUGUUUUCUUCAGGUUUGUGCUUUCUCAAAUCCAUCUGAUUUUUUAAAUUGAAAUGCAGUGGUGUUUGAAGCAAUGAGCUGGUGAUGCGGGAGCUCAGCAUGCUGUGGCAUCUCGGCAGUCGAUGAUGUGUGCUACACAAGAAGCGGACCUUAGUGGAUAUAGAGCUCAUUCUGCACAGGGGACUCAGUACGGCGGGCCUUAUGCUGGUGUUUAUGGCCCCACAGCUUUAAGCAGCGCCUAUCAGGUCGGAGUUGGAGGUAAGGAGGCUGCUUCAUCUGGCCUCCAGGGUCGAUAUCCUUCAGCCUUACAGGACUUGUCAAAGCUCUCAUCUGCAGCUGUAGGCUCCAACUUCGGAAUGAACACUGAUGAUUAAGCGUCAGCAUCAGGUCAUGGCUAUCUUCAGAAAAGUGAUCCCUUUUCUGAAGUAAAGAGUUCUGAUUAUUCUUCUUUAGAGAGGAGACAAUAUGGUGAUCAAGCUGCUUAUAUGGGGAGGGGAUCACGAAAUGAUCCAGCUAGGCGAUAUGCAGAUUCUGUUUCUACUAGCCAGCAACAUCAGCCUGAGAUGCAUGACCACAUGGACCAGAAAAUUUUUUACGAGGCAUCACUACUUCGACAGCAACAGAUAUUGAAGGCUCAGUCAUUGCAGUCUGGUUCUGAUAUGAGAUGUGUUUCUCUCAAGGCAUUUUAUCUUCCAUUCUAUGGGGAGCUACAAGGAGAAAUGGCGAUGACCAGUAUGGCGUGGGUUUGCACCCUGGCCAGGAAAAUAGUACAGGGAAAGGCCUUUAUGGUCAAUCACUUGAAUUUGAAUAUCAAGAAAUGUCACGUGUCCAUCCUAGUCUGGGUAUCUCAAUUGCUGAUGAGAGGAGGAACGAUAAAAGUGCUUACCGUCGAGAACUUGAAAGGGAUGAGGAGCGCUGCAGGGUUAAUACGUGAGAAAGAGAGAGAACGAGAAAGAGAACAUCAACGUGCAUCAAAUGAUAGGCGAGAGCGGUCUCUAUCACGAUCUACGAGAGAUCAUCGGGGCCCUUCUUUGUUAAAGGAUGAGAGAACUUUCGUAAUGCCUUGCCAUAUCGGGCCUCACCUUGCCAGAUUUCACCUCAUCAAGCUUCCCCACGUUGAGAGACUGUAUAUAGGCAUCAUUCACCUGUUAAAGAAAAGAAGAAAGAAUAUAUAUGCAAGGUUUACCCAUUUUGUUUGGUCGAUGUAGAGAGGGAUUAUUUAUCUUUAAAUAAGCGAUAUCCCAGGCUAUGUGUACGCCAUGAAUGUACAAAGGUUGUUGUGCACCAGCCAAAGCAGAGUUUCCAUCUUUCUCUUCAUACUACUGUCAGUUAAUUGAAAUUGGCAGUUAACUCUCUGGGCCAUGUGUUUUUAAUCGAGAUUUUGUUGACGACUGAGGUUAUUUUCCUCACUUUUUGAUCAGCUUGGUACACAAGUACGUAGAACUAGAGAACAAAGAUGAAAAGGUAUUAGGUUCAGCAAGUGAGCUAUCAAGAAUGAAGCAGGAAAAUACUGUUUGGAACGCAAAGGUGAUUUUGAUGAGUGGGAUGAGCACACUGAUGCUUCGAAUGAAUUGUGUUCAUACAAAAGUUCUGAUGAGAGGAUUAUCCACUUCAACAACAUCUUCAGAUUUGCUAUCCUCAAGAAGGACCGUUCUUUUAUGGCUAUCAACAGUCCAUGGAAUGCCGCAAUAGGUGGUGGAGAUCCAUCAGUUGAAGACUAUUCUCUGAUUCAUACAGCACCCAGGUGUUCGCUUCUGUUCUACUAUAAUGCGGAAGUAUGAUAUUUGUAUAGAUCAGUUGGAAUGCAUGUCCAAUGAACUGAGAGUACCCCUUCUUCUGAUGACAGAUAUCUUAGAGAUAUUAUCCAACUUGAUUUGCAUAAUUGCCAGCAUUGGAAUUGUUUCCUUGAGG